AUUCUUUUUCCACUUCCUCCUGUCAUCGCUGUGGUCUGCUAUGCAUUUCCUGGAGCGGCUGUUAGGAUCCACCAACUGGAGUGCACCUCACUUCGGCCCACCCUUAGUCGAUGCGGACUUUGUGACUGUGUUCUCUCGGGAAAUAAAAAAAACAUUGUCAAUGACGUGUUGGGGAAACAAUGUCCACAUCUUUGGACAUCAUUUGCACUUUGCACUUAUGUUAGUCUUUAUACUUUGUUUUUCGUUUAGCAGGUUAAUUACAGAAUCUUUCAAGUAUGUGUUGAUUGUGUUGAUUUGAAAUGGUAAUGCUUGCUUCUAAAGCUAUUUGAAAGGUCAAUGACCUACAGUAUAUCACCCCGCUGUAAGUCAAAUGAACAAGUUAGUAUUUAUUAACGUUCAUCCAAGCUAGUGCUACUGUCGUUAUCUCAGAUUUCCAGUGAGAGUCAAAAACCGAUUUCAAAGUGAAUGAAGACAAGAGGCAAAAGGAAGACAAUUGAUAUCUGGGCUCCUGAGUGGCGCAGCAGUCUAAGGCACCGCAUCUCAGUGGAAGAGGGGUCACUGCAGUUCCUCGUUCGAAUCCAGGCUGCAUCACAUCCGACUGUGAUUGGGAGUCCAUAGGGCGGCGCAUAAUUGGCCCAGCGUCGGCUGGGCUCCAGCGGAGAGAAAGGGGAUGGUGAAUUCUGACCUGCGAUGCUGUUGUGAGAUCAAACAGGCCUGCGGUAAAGGGUUCACCAACUGGAUAUGAGAGCGAUCUAACACCCCUGUGGAGAAGGUGUGAUGAAGCUGAAUGAACGUAGUGUGGCUCACUAUGCCACCUGCGACUCGCCGCCAGACAAGACAGGCUUCCUCUUCAAGAAGGGGGAGCGAAACACAGCCUACCACCGGCGUUGGUUGAUCCUGAAGGGCAACAUGCUGUUCUACUUUGAGGAGCGUGAGAGCCGGGAACCCAUUGGCGUCAUCGUGUUGGAGGGCUGCACCGUAGAGCUCUGUGAGUCAGCUGAGGAGUUCGCCUUUGCCAUCAAGUUUGACUGCGCCAAGGCGCGUGUCUACAAGAUGGCGGCGGAGAACCAGGCGGCCAUGGAGUCGUGGGUUAAGGCUCUGUCGCGAGCCAGCUUCGACUACAUGCGGCUGGUGGUGCGGGAGUUGGAGAGGCAGCUGGAAGAAAUCCAGGAGGGGGCUGCUGGGCUGCAGGGCAGGUCCAAGUCCUCCAAGAAGGCUGGGGGGGUGGCACGCUCCAAAUCCGGAGCAUCAUUCAGCGCUUCCCACGUGCCCUCUACCCAGGUUACAGGUGCAGCGCUCGCACAGGGUUCGGCUCAUGCUCGCAGCCUUCAGGAGGAGGUGCAGCUCCCGUCAGGCACCUCUAAAGAGAACGGGGUGGCCUGGAGUAAGCCUUCUGCUCUGGUCAAUGGGUUUGGUGAGGGCCCCCACUCUGGUGUGCCGUGGGAGGGAAAUGGGAAUGGAGGGGGCGAUGGGUUCAGGCCUCCGCCCGUCCCUCCGCGCAGGAGGGGUGCAUCUCUUGAGAGUCCUGUCUCCCCCGGGACUGGGUGCUUCUCCAAACUUCACGACUGGUACGGAAAAGAGGUGGCUGAACUGAGGGUGGAGUGGCUUCAGAGCCAUUGAGGCGCCCCUCCCUCCCCCUCACCUCACAGCCAAGCUGUUAGCCAUUAUUAGAAAGGGCACUUGUCACUUCGCAGGAUUGUUUCACCCCGAAAUACCUUGAUUUUAAUGCCAGAGAGCGUGUCCUUAAAAUUCCAAACCCUUGGGGCAGUCUGUGGAGCUGGUUGAUUUUCUAAAAGCAGCACUUUCCUGGUAUUUUUAGGUCUUGUGGGCCAGUGGGAAUAUGAUGUGUUGUCCUAUGACUGUCUGUCACUACAUUUCUAUGAGUCUAUGGUACAUUUUGGAUGUUUUUUUUUUAAGGAAAACCUUUGUAUUUACUGUCUUUUGUUGUAGUUUUUUUUCAAUCAGAAACUACGAUCACUUAUCACUUUCUCUAUCGUUGUUGUGUUCUACCAUUGUUAUAUUCACAAAAGAAAGGAUGACCCCUGAUUGUUCCUGAAUUGAGUGUCUCUGACACGUAAUAGAAAUCAGUACAUAUACAUAGUUGAGAAAAUGCAUUUCAUUCCAUUUCACCGGAGGUUUUGAAAGGGGGACCAUAGAAGAAUGAACACCGGUGCAUUCAUUCUUUAUACCACAUUAAUUUUGCUCAAGCAAUGGUUUACAUAUUUAGAACAUUCUUCUCUCUCUCUUUUUAACCUGUGCCUUAUGAUUUUCCUCCCAAACCUGUCGUUGACAGUAAUCUAAUAAGUGUAGGCCUACCCAAUGCUUUUAUCUGCCUUUCGUUUUUGCCAAACCACACCUUUAGUGCAAUUUUUGUUCGUUUGUGACAAUGGCUCAAUCCAUUUGGCCAGAUCUAACGCACAGUAUUUUCAUUAGUCACUUUUUUUUAUAUAUACAUUUACCGAUAAUGGCAUAACCCAGUUUUAAUGUUUUAUAUUUUUUAGGGGGGCCUUUUCUGUUUCCUGGUCAUACCAUACUAGACUGGUAGAUUUAGACAAGUCUGUUACUUGUGCCAAACAUAUGGCAGGACAAGGAAUGGAAAAUCAAGUUGUGGAAAGCCAGUAAAGAUCCUGAACAGGCUACAGGUGGUUGGUAUAGAUGUGAUUGUGACUGAGUGAAUGAUCAGUUGUAUGUUAUUAAUUACUAUGUUUUUAAAAAAUCUGCCACUAGGAGGACAUUUUGUACUGAGUUACAGUUCCCUUUUUUAAUUCUAUGACAUUUGGAGUAUGUCAAAUUAUUGGAUGAGACAUUGCACAGCAUGACACCUCUAUAUCCAGUGUGCUAAAAAUGGAAUGAUGACAACCCAAGGCUUCUUUAUACUUUUGUAAUCUGUUUGUGGUCAACUUCAUGGAAAGAAUACCAAAAUAUUUUAGUACACUACUGCCAGAAGAAUGUCCUGUUUCCAUGUGGCAAGAUGGGAUUGUGUCUAGAGACAGUAAUGCAAUUACCUUCAGCUGCUCACCCCUGAAUGAAUGAAUGAAUGACUGAACUUAUAAUACUAUGAGCAUUACCUAUAAGUAAUUUAAACAAAUCAAUAAACAGCUGAAAGAUUC